CCUUUCUCGCUCCUUCGCACCCAAACUCCUGAGGCAUCACCACGGUUGCGGCGGCGUCGGUAACCUCGAAGCAGAAAUGAAGGUGGUGGCAGCUUAUCUCCUCGCCGUCCUCGGCGGAAACUCCAAUCCCUCCGCCGGUGAUAUCAGAUCCAUCCUCGACUCAGUCGGAGCGGAAUCGGACGAUAAGAGGAUCAACCAUUUCCUCUCGGAAGUCAAGGGCAAGGACAUCACGGAGUUGAUCGCCGCCGGGCGGGAGAAGUUCGCCUCUGUUCCUACCGGCGGCGCAGUGGCCGCCGUCGCGGUUGCCGCCUCUGGAGGUGGCGCGGGAGCUGCUCCUGCGGCGGAGGAACCUAAGAAGGAAGAGAAGGUGGAAGAGAAAGAGGAAUCUGACGAUGAUAUGGGCUUUAGCUUGUUCGAUUAAACGACAAGGUUAUAGUGUUCUAUCCUUGUUCUAUGUCAGUUAUUUUGAGUUCAUUUAUGGUUUUGCUUUUGAGUUAGACAAAGAAAGUCAAACUAUUUUGCUCUCAGUUCUGUUCUCUUUGAAUCAACUGUUAAUGGUUGUUUGGAUUUGAUUU